CUGGCUGACGGGGCGCCUGGGGGCCGCCGUGGGCCUUGUUGGUGCCGCUUAUGACAUCAUGCUGUACCCGCCAGACACGGCCCUGCAGAGUUUCCAGAAGGCUGCCUCUGCCACCGUCACCAUGGCUACCCUGGGGGCAGUUUUUGGGGCAACGACCUGUCUCACUGCGGAACUCCGUGAUGCCCCGGACGACCCCCUGAACUAUUUCAUCGGCGGCUGUGUGUCAGGUGCUGUCUUGGGAGCCCGAGCUCACAGCUUUGCCACGGGCUCAACAGCCUGCGCCGGCUUCGGCAUUCUGGCUGCGCUCUUUAAAAUCAGCAAGAAGGAAGGGUGGAAUCUCCUGGGGCCCCCCAAACUCUAGCCUGUCUCCUCCCACGGCCGUGUUGCCUCUGUGGCGCCGCACACAUUUCGUCCCAGACUGUGGCUGAGGCUGGGUGCUCGUAAGCUGCGUGUGAGCAGAAGCCCUCCCCGGCAGGCGGUGAGCACGGCCCGUUUCCCACCCAAGAUGCUACAGCUGCCGCUUCUUCGGACUGUGUGUUAUUCCAGUGAUCACCUGCGUGCAAAUAAAGAGCUGACCUGUGUGGUCCUUCAUUCCA